UGGAGUCAAAAACAAGCAGGUGCCCCACCGUGCCAGAUACGCUGCCUAAACUGCUUCCAGCUCCCCCCCCCCUCUUCUGCAAUAAGUGUGAUCAGCCACGGGACAGAGGCGCCAGCAGCCUGCCUGUGACAGGCAUCAGGUUAGCAAGCUCCCACUCGGGUGGCGCGCCCAGGAUAUAAAUCCAGGCUCGGGCCCCUGCCGCGCUCCUCUCCCUGCACACUCAGGAGACGGGGUUUCCUUCCAAAGACCUUUCUUUUAUCUGAAGCCGCGCAGCCCAGCAGGCUGCACUUGGUGGAGGCAGCCACGGCAGCGGCCGCUGGCGCAGCAGCCUCCGCGAGGAGACCUGCUGGGGUGGGGAGGGCAGGUGUUGCCAGCCCUGGAGACGAAGGCCCUGGUGGGCCCCAGCCCCUGGCAUUGUCCCUGGGGAGCCCUGUGGCCACUACAGACCGCAUCAUGUGGGCCCUGGGGUGCCACCGGUUCUGGUCUCACCGGGGCCUGUUGCUGCUGCUGCUGUUGCUUGGGGUAUUCCCACGGGGGCUGGCACUGCCACCCAUCCGCUAUUCCCAUGCAGGCAUCUGCCCCAACGACAUGAACCCCAAUCUCUGGGUGGACGCGCAGAGCACCUGCGAGCGAGAGUGCGAGACAGAUCAGGAGUGCGAGACCUAUGAAAAGUGCUGUCCCAAUGUGUGUGGCACGAAGAGCUGUGUGGCAGCCCGCUACCUGGACAUGAAGGGGAAAAAGGGCCCAGUGGGCAUGCCUAAGGAGGCCACGUGCGACCACUUCAUGUGUCUGCAGCAGGGCUCUGAGUGUGAUAUCUGGGAUGGUCAGCCUGUGUGCAAGUGCAAAGAUCGCUGCGAGAAGGAGCCGAGCUUUACGUGUGCUUCGGACGGCCUCACCUACUACAACCGCUGCUACAUGGAUGCGGAGGCCUGCUCCAAGGGCAUCACGCUGGCCGUUGUCACCUGCCGCUAUCACUUCACCUGGCCCAACACCAGCCCUCCACCACCUGAGACCACUGUUCACCCCACCACAGUCUCCCCAGAGACCCUGGGGCUGGACAUGGCCGCACCAGCCCUGGUGAACCACCCUGCCCACCAGUCGGUCACGGUGGGUGAGACAGUGAGCUUUCUCUGUGAUGUGGUGGGACAGCCGCGGCCCGAGCUCACCUGGGAGAAGCAACUGGAAGAUCGGGAGAAUGUGGUCAUGGGGCCCAACCACGUGCGUGGCAACGUGGUGGUCACCAAUAUUGCCCAGCUGGUCAUUUAUAACGCCCAGCUGCAGGAUGCGGGCAUCUAUACCUGCACAGCCCGCAAUGCUGCUGGGGUCCUGAGGGCUGACUUCCCCUUGUCCGUGGUAAGGGGAGGUCAGGUCACGGCUACCUCUGGAAGCAGUCUCAACAGCACAGCCUUCCCGGCAGCUGAGUGUCUCAAGCCCCCAGACAGCGAAGACUGUGGGGAGGAGCAGACCCGUUGGCACUUUGAUGCCCAGGCCAACAACUGCCUCACCUUCACCUUUGGUCACUGCCACCGCAACCUCAACCACUUUGAGACCUAUGAGGCCUGCAUGCUGGCCUGCAUGAGCGGCCCAUUGGCGGCUUGCAGCCUCCCGGCUCUGCAAGGGCCCUGCAAGGCCUAUGCACCCCGCUGGGCCUACAAUAGCCAGACUGGGCAGUGCCAGUCCUUUGUCUACGGUGGCUGUGAUGGCAACGGCAACAAUUUUGAGAGCCGCGAGGCCUGUGAGGAGUCGUGUCCCUUCCCACGGGGCAACCAGCGCUGCCGGGCCUGCAAGUCACGGCAGAAGCUUGUCACUGGGUUUUGUAAGAGUGACUUCGUCAUCCUGGGUCAGGUCAGCGAGCUGACCGAGGAGCCUGACUCGGGCCGUGCCCUGGUGACGGUGGACGAGGUGCUGAAGGACGAGAAGAUGGGGCUCAAGUUCCUGGGCCGGGAGCCCCUGGAGAUCACGCUGCUCCACGUAGACUGGGACUGCCCCUGCCCCAACGUGACGGUGGGUGAGACGUCACUCAUCAUCAUGGGGGAAGUGGAGGGUGGGAUGGCCAUGCUGAGACCCGACAGCUUUGUGGGUGCAUCGAGCACGCGGCGGGUCAGGAAGCUCCGCGAGGUCAUGCACAAGAAGACCUGCGAUGUCCUCAAGGAGUUCCCGGGCUUGCACUGAGGUCAGCCGGCCCGCCUGGCCCUUUCCAUCUACUCACCCCGAUGCUCUCAGCCAGCAACCUGGGCACGAUUAGAUUAGGGAGUCUUGGACUAACCGGGAGACAUCAGCGAACAGGUGGGAAGAAAGCUACCAAGGGUCUUAGACCAACUUCUAUUCUUUGGGUUCGAUAAAGAGUCCAUGUAUAUAUAUAUUUUUUAAUCUGGGCGGGAGUGGUGGGGCAAAGGAAGAGCAAAGAUGCCUGUACGUUGUCCCUAACAAGCAGUCCACUCACUCUCACACCCCUUUGCUGCCCCUGCCCCAGCUCCCAGCCAGAGGUUAGGAGAUGGUUCCUAGAGAGGUGAAUGGGUCACCUUACACAGAGGACAGACGGAGAGGCAGGAGGGCCCAGGGACUCAUGGGGGAUGGGGACAGCUUCCCCAUUCCCUUUGAGAUCCCUGUGAGCAGAGACUAGCUCAUGUGGGAAGUGGGAGGCACAGUCCAGCCCAGCAUAUAGCUUGUCCUAAGUGGAGGCUGUGGGAACAGCCACCUUCAGUGUGGUCAGCCUGUGUCUUUGAAGCCAACCCCUGACACCAGCAGAACCCAUGUUUCCUCUCUUCAGCUGCACUGGUUUGUCGAUUUGAUUCUGUUCACUUCAAUUCAGUGGGCACUUCUGGGGUGUCAAGCGCUAGGACCUAUGACCACGGAGAGCUGUGGCUGGUUCACUCACAGUGCCCAAACACAAUAUCUUGAUCCCAGAGUCCCCAGAAGUCGACCUGCAGCAGACCAUUCACAGUCGUUUCCGACUGAUGGAUGGCGAGCGUUUGUAUGCCACUGGCUUCCUUGGACACAGUGCAGAGAGAAGCUCCCGGAUCUGUUGUGGUUUCAAGAGACAGAGGGAAGAGAAGGCAGGCGGAGCAAGGGGCAGGGGAGGCCAGCUGGGGGAGAAGCAAUGUUACUCAAUGCUCCCAUCUAGUGGUGGCCGCGGAAGCCUGCAGCAGCAAACUGGACAGAGGUUCCAAGCAGGUCCUGGGAGACAAGGUUUGGUGAUGUGGCAGCUCCUUGGUAACUUGUUUCUAGAUUCUUGGGUGGACCCAGCCACCUUAGCACUAGAGAGAGGAUUUUUGGAAUCCCACUGUCAGCUCUUCAUCUUCCCCUCUUCCCUCCUCUGCCCUUCAUUCUGUCUGCACCCCUCCAAACUAAAGGAGGCAUCCUCAUUUCUUCCUCAAGUGUAAGGAGGAGAGACUAAAUAAAAGUUCAUAGUAUUA